UUUAGAACAUGUGAGUGUGCGGCGGUUCCUGCAUAUAAACAGCAGCGCAGCUUGAAGCAUCAGUAUUUCUACAGAACUUACUUCACUUACGACGAAAAGAAAGAAAUUGACGACAGCUUUCGAAUCUGUUGAAGAAGCUACAGUACUUCCACUACUACAGCAUUUUACAUAAUCUGUUAACUACCAGCGGGGUAAACAAAGAUGUCAUCUGCAAAAGGAGUUGCUGUUGGGAUUGAUCUGGGCACCACCUACUCCUGUGUGGGGGUGUUUCAGCAUGGAAAGGUGGAGAUCAUCGCCAAUGACCAGGGGAACAGAACAACACCCAGCUAUGUUGCCUUCACAGACACAGAGAGGCUCAUUGGAGAUGCAGCUAAAAACCAGGUGGCCAUGAACCCCAACAACACUGUGUUUGAUGCUAAGAGGCUGAUUGGCAGGAGGUUUGAUGACCCAGUUGUGCAGUCUGACAUGAAGCACUGGUCCUUCAAAGUGGUCAGUGAUGGAGGAAAACCAAAGGUUGAAGUCGAAUACAAAGGAGAAAACAAGACAUUUUAUCCUGAAGAAAUUUCCUCUAUGGUCCUGGUGAAGAUGAAGGAGAUCGCUGAAGCUUAUCUGGGGCAGAAGGUGACAAAUGCAGUUAUCACAGUUCCUGCCUAUUUCAAUGACUCCCAGAGGCAAGCCACUAAAGACGCCGGAGUAAUCGCCGGGCUCAAUGUCCUCAGAAUCAUCAACGAGCCCACAGCUGCAGCCAUCGCCUACGGCCUUGACAAAGGCAAAGCAGCAGAACGCAACGUCCUGAUCUUUGACCUGGGUGGAGGCACCUUUGACGUGUCCAUCCUGACCAUUGAAGAUGGCAUCUUUGAGGUGAAGGCCACAGCCGGAGACACUCAUCUGGGUGGCGAGGACUUUGACAACCGCAUGGUGAAUCACUUUGUAGAAGAAUUCAAGAGGAAGCACAAGAAGGACAUCAGUCAGAACAAGAGGGCACUGAGGAGGCUGCGUACAGCGUGUGAGCGAGCCAAGAGAACCCUCUCCUCCAGCUCUCAGGCCAGCCUUGAGAUCGACUCGCUGUACGAGGGCAUCGACUUCUACACGUCCAUCACCAGAGCGCGCUUUGAAGAGAUGUGCUCAGACCUCUUCAGGGGAACACUUGAGCCUGUGGAGAAAGCCCUGAGAGACGCCAAGAUGGACAAGUCUCAGAUCCAUGACAUCGUUCUGGUUGGUGGAUCAACAAGAAUCCCAAAGAUCCAGAAGCUUCUGCAGGAUUUCUUCAACGGCAGGGACUUGAACAAGAGCAUCAACCCAGAUGAGGCAGUGGCUUAUGGUGCAGCGGUGCAAGCCGCCAUCCUCAUGGGUGACACAUCUGAAAAUGUCCAGGACCUGCUGCUGCUGGAUGUGGCUCCUCUGUCCCUGGGUAUUGAAACCGCAGGUGGAGUCAUGACGGCCCUCAUCAAACGCAACACCACCAUCCCCACCAAACAGACCCAGACCUUCACCACCUACUCUGACAACCAGCCCGGUGUCCUGAUCCAGGUGUAUGAGGGAGAGAGGGCCAUGACAAAAGACAACAACCUGCUGGGUAAAUUCGAGCUCACAGGAAUUCCACCUGCACCACGUGGAGUCCCGCAGAUUGAAGUGACCUUUGACAUCGACGCCAACGGAAUCCUAAAUGUGUCCGCGGUGGACAAAAGCACUGGAAAAGAGAACAAGAUCACCAUCACCAAUGACAAGGGCAGACUGAGCAAAGAGGAGAUUGAGAGAAUGGUGCAGGAAGCAGAUAAGUACAAAGCUGAAGAUGAUCUGCAAAGAGAGAAGAUUGCUGCCAAAAACUCCCUGGAGUCUUACGCCUUCAAUGUGAAGAGCAGUGUGGAAGAUGAGAACCUGAAAGGCAAGAUCAGCGAGGAUGACAAGAAGAAAGUCAUAGAGAAAUGUAACGACGCCAUCCGCUGGCUAGAGAACAACCAGCUGGCUGAAAAGGAGGAGUAUGAACAUCAGCUGAAGGAGCUGGAGAAAGUCUGCAACCCAAUCAUCACUAAGCUUUAUCAGGGAGGGAUGCCAACAGGAAGCUGUGGGGCUCAGACACGUGCCAGCUCAGGGGCCGGUCCUCAGGGGCCCACUAUUGAAGAGGUGGAUUAGGUGUGAGAUGGGCAAUGUGAAUUGCUCAAGUUCCUUUGUAAUUCCAUUUACAUCAUUUUUGGACCAUUUAUUUGGACGUUGUUGUGAAGCACUACUGUAUGUACUGUAUGCUGCAUUUAUGAUGUUUUUUUUAGUAAAUAUUUUUGAGUGCCAUAUAUUGUUGAAUAUGUAACAAUUUUGCCAGUAUUUCAUUUCAAUGAUUGUAGAAAAGUACAUGUUAAUGUAUAAGAAUGCUAACUUUAUUUAAUGUCUCGUCUGCAUGUUAAGAAAUGAAUAGAAACUUUAAGUGUUCAACAUUCUGACUGUUGAAAUGUGUUUAUUCCAGCAUUAAUGUUGUGCCAUAUUCCAUAUGAAACAGUUCAUUGAGACUGUUAAACCUUAUUUCCAAACAUGUUCAAUAAACUAUUGAAAAUGUAAAGAAUUGUUA